CAUUCAAAAAAGUGAUUUUCUUAGUUGUUUUAAUUGACAGAAAUGGCUGAAUUUGCCUCCCCAUUUUCUAUCUUGACUCUCCUUAUGCUUUCAUUUGUUUUCUCAGGAGAAGCAGUAGUCACAAAUGAAAAAAAUUGGUGUGUUGCAAAGGCAACAGCUGAAGAUCCUGCGCUGCAAUCAGCUCUAGACUAUGCUUGUGCCCGUGUAGACUGCAGUGAGAUACAGCCCGGUGGUUCGUGCUAUGAACCAAAUAAUUUGUUCAGCCACGCCUCAUAUGCCAUGAACCUCUCUACUAUCAGAACACAGGGAAACAAGCCUCAAGUUGUGACUUUAAUGGUUCUGGCAUGAUUGUUGUUACUGAUCCAAGUAAGCCAACUUUAGUUCAAUGUAUACUAUGGAUGGAAACUAGAGUUUUUUACUUCUUUUCCUAUUUAUAUUCUUUAAUAAAAAAAUAUUUUACGU